UCCCCGGACCUGUGCUGAGCAAACACGAAACAAACAAACCCGGGGAGGGGGACUGUGCGCUUCCCGAGCUCUCUCACUUUCCUCCUCUUCUUGUUUUGCUUUCGAUCUGGAGCGCUCACUUUUAGUUUUGAUCCUGCGAUCCUUCACUGCUGUUUCAUCGUGCCGAUUUGGCAAAGAUGCCCGUAGAAAGGAUGCGCAUGCGGCCGUGGUUGGAAGAACAGAUCAAUGCAAAUUGUAUACCUGGGCUUAAAUGGUUAAAUCAGGAAAAGAAAAUUUUUCAGAUUCCUUGGAUGCAUGCAGCGCGCCACGGUUGGGAUGUUGAAAAAGAUGCCCCUUUAUUUAGGAACUGGGCUAUUCAUACAGGUAAAUAUCAGCCUGGAAUUGAUAAACCGGACCCCAAGACAUGGAAAGCCAACUUUCGAUGUGCGAUGAAUUCGUUGCCAGACUUGGAGGAAGUUAAGGAUAAAAGCAUGAAGAAAGGAAAUAAUGCCUUCAGGGUUUACAGAAUGAUUCCUCUAGCAGAAAGGCCUUCGAAACGAGGAAAAAGAUUGAAGACUGAAAAGGAAGUGAAACAGGAAGAACCAAGUCAGACCCCAUUGCCUAAGGAAUUAUUUAGGAGGGGAACAUGCACAGUGGCCCCUCAGUAUACAAUACUGUAUCCGGCGAAACAUAAUGAAGUUGAUAGCACCGUAAACAUUGGGGAAGACCCUUUUUACAGCAACAGUAUGGUGGAUGAGAUGAUUGUCACUAACCCACCCGAUGUCUGCCAAGUGGUAGAAGUAAUGACCGAGAGCGACGAUCAGCCGGCCACCAGGAUGCAGCAUUAUCCACUUCAGAUCUCUCCAGUUUCUUCGUUUGCAGAAAGUGAAACGGACAGCAUACCCAGUGAUGAGGAAGGCGUGAGUCGACUCCACAUGAAGAACCGUGAUAUCAAAGAAUGCAUAAGAACGGCAAGCCCCAGAGCACCAUACAACUUACCGGGCAUGGCAACAUUUGUGACCUCCAACAAACCAGACCUUCAGGUCACCAUAAAAGAAGAAGAGUGCCCUGUGCCCUACAACAUCUUAUACCCAGACAGUAGCCCAUACAUGACAAUAGGCUCACCUUCUUCACUAAGUAGCACCAGAAAAGACCCUGAAACAAGAGCUACAGUCAUUAAAAAAACUUCAGAUGUCACUCUAAGCUCAAUUCGUUCUAAACCCUAGCAGCUUUUAUUUUCAACAAGAGAAGGAAGUGAGCAGUUGGCUAUUUGAAACACAGGUGGCUGUCUUUUGAGAUCCUGCUUAGUGUAAGCCAAGGCCUUAAAGGCUGGAGACUCGUCCGCGCAAAGGGUAAAGUUUCUCAGGAUUAUGGAACUUUAAACCACCUGGAAUUACAAUAAUAGAACGGCAUCAACAUCCGUAAAGACUGUAGCUGAAGGUCAACCCAACGAGGCCUUUUUGUGGACUAGAAAAAAUGUGAAAAUUCUAGAAUGUUUUUUUUUUGUAAAAGGAAAUCUAUAUUGUAAAUAUGUAUGUUUUAUACUUAAUUUCUAGCAAGCUUGCAGUCUGCUUGCACACCAUAAAAAGCAAGUAGUUACACAGAAAACGGUCUUCUAUUGAACUGCUGAAAAAUGUGUAUGCCUCAGCUUUCCAUAGCUAGAAGAGAAUGAACGUUCACUGCUGGUGUGCGAGAUUAGAUGACUAUGUAUAAAUAAAUGCAAAACGUUUCAUGGAUAAUAAUUAUAAAAAAAAAAACUAAA